AAUCGGUAUACUUACACCAUUGAAAUAACUGCGAGAUGGUACUUUGACCGUACGUUAGCAGUUCGCUAACAUUCCUGCCGCCAGUGGUAAAUGUCUAAGGCAUCGUUUGAACGUCUUGCGGCAACUGUAGCUUGUGAGGAUGGUGACAAAGGUCCUAACGCUGGGGCUCGGGAGGAAGCUAAGCCGGCUCUGACGACUGCUCAGCGCAUCCUCAAGGCAUGGGAGAGCAAGGACUACUUCGGCCUGCUAGGCCUGCCCGAGCCCGAGGCGGACGAGUUGGGUCGCCCCGUGUGGUCCUGCAGCGAGGUGGAGGUCAGCAAGGCCUACCGCAAGCUCUCCAUUGUCGUACACCCCGACAAAAACCCGGGAGACGAAGAGGCGCGACGCGCGUUCGAGGUGCUUAAUCAGGCACACCGGCUGCUGAAGGACCCAACCUCCCGGGAGGAUGUGUUGCGCGGCGCCGCUGACAAGGCCCGGCGACGUCGCGAGGCUCAGGAGGCGGGUGCGGACCUGGCCACCCGCGUGCAGCUGCAUGCGGCCAAGAACGAGAGGGCGCGGGAGCUGCGGAAGGCGGAGGGUCAAGGGCUCCAAGCGCAUAUCUUGGAGCAGAUGCGCAAGCGGCAGGAGGAGGCCAAGCGGCGAGCUCAGGCGGCGGCCCGGGCAGCGCAAAUGCGGGGAGGCAGACAAAUGGGCGACGGCGAGGAAGAUGAUGAGGAGGAG